CCCUCGCUCACACACUCAGGCAACAUCCUCCCAUCUCCACUUAUUUCCCUCUCACCUCUCCGCUCCUUUCGCCUCCUUCCUCUCUGUCACCUACUGACACAUAUCAUCUCUGGCAUCUCCCCGUCUAUUGUCUCCCUCCAUUCUCUCCUCCAUUUCUCCCUCCUUCCCUAUACUCCCUCACACACUCAACCUUGCUGCCUCGCGCAAACUCAUACAUGCACACACUCAUGCUGAUUGGCACUCAAGGACAGAGCACCCUGUUUCCCGUACUGGUGACCAGGAGGUUUGCUCGUUUGGCCAGGCUUCUUGACACUGAGCUCAGCUGAGGAAGAGGACGAGGGAGAGGCCAUGGAGCACAGCCACAUCUUCCCUGUAUUUCCCCCAAAUGGGAGCACCUCGAGCCCAGGGGAGCAUCCCUCUGAGUUUGCCCAGGGAUGCCCUCUCGGACCACUGCCUGUCAUCUACUACAGUGUCCUGCUCUGUCUCGGCCUGCCGGCUAACAUCCUGACCGUGGUUAUCCUGUCCCAGCUGGUGCUGCGUCGUCAGAAGUCUUCCUACAACUAUCUCCUGGCUCUGGCAGCGGCUGACAUCCUGGUACUACUCCUCAUUGUUUUUGUUGACUUCAUUUUGGAGGAUUUCAUUUUGGCCACGCCGCUGCCUCCAUCAUUAAACAAUGCGGUGCAAGUUUUGGAGUUCUCCUCCAUCCAUACCUCCAUCUGGAUCACCGUGCCUCUCACCAUUGACCGUUACAUCGCGGUUUGCCACCCGCUGCGCUACCAUACAGUCUCUUACCCAGCCCGCACACGAAGGGUUAUAUUUGCUGUGUAUAUUGGGUGCUUGCUCUCUGCCGCUCCUUAUUACUGGUGGCCUGAGCUGUGGCACAGCCUGCCUGGGGUGGGUGGUAGUGGAGGAGUCGUGGAGGGCAACAGGAGAACCAUAGCCCAGCAUGUCCUGGUGUGGGCACACUGCGCUACUGUCUACCUCCUCCCCUGCACUGUCUUCUUCUCCCUAAAUGCUGGCAUCGUUUGUAAGCUACGCCGACGACGCAGCUGUUUCCGUCUGCGCGGCUACUCUACCGGCAAGACCACCGCCAUUCUCCUUGCCAUCACCUCUAUUUUUGCCGUUUUGUGGGCGCCACGUACCCUCAUGAUCCUCUAUCACUUCUACUCCCCUCCACCAGCCUCACAAGGUUCCGGUCGACUGCUCCACAUGCUCACCGAUCUGGCAAACAUGCUAGCGUUGCUCAACACCGGGGUCAACUUCUUCCUCUACUGCUUCAUCAGCAAGCGUUUCCGGGGCAUGGCAGCCAACGUGCUGCGAGCCUUGGUCCACUGCCGGAAGCAGCCGCCACCGUUCUACGCCAGCCACAACUUCUCUAUCACAAGCAGCCCCUGGAUCUCACCAGCCAACUCCCACUGCAUCAAGAUGUUGGUGUACCAGUAUGACAAAAAUGGGAAGCCCAUCUGUAUUUCCUCUUGAGUCUUCAGCCACCAGAAACCGCAGGCAUUGUCUCCUGGGUGACCAGCUUUGCCCGCAUGGGACUUUUUGAGGCCCGAAAAUGUGAACACACCUGGAGAGCACAUAGGUGACAGUUUAGCUAGUGUUGAGAGAUGAAGUGGUUGGGUAGAAAGGUGUAAUAGCAAACGGCAGAUGCCUGCUUGACAGAAAAUUGCCUCUCAUGUUCAAUUUACAAAGCAGCAACCAGCUGUUGAUUGUUUCCUCCAUGCAAAAAAAAUACAGAUACUGUAAGUAACUGACUCCAGACUCACAGACUGAUAAAAGAGAUAGGACCAUCAUCUAUUGCUGACUUUUAUGAGCCACACCAUGAAAGAAUAAACUGGCAUCUAGAUGAAUCCUUGGUGAAGCUAAAAUGCCUGUUGACAUUGAAUUCUUUAUGGAUGCUCUCUGUUGCACACUGCCUCCAACGGCGAGGAGCUUUGAAUAGCUGUGUCUUUGUCCGUUGGGAGUAAUUUCCAGAAAGCAGAGAUAUCCAGUCAGAGACUAGGCACUGAACUCAAGCAAUGUUAAAACAGUGCUGUCAUUUCUAGUUCAAUAUGCAGAGGAGUCUCAAAGGCAUGUUAAUUUGGGCUUUUAUCAAAUGAACAGUGUUGAGAUUUGUGUCGAGUUCAUCUUAGCAGUGCAGGUCACUUACAAGUCGGCGGACUCAAUGGACAUUUCCCCACAGAUUGUCGUAGGAUGAGUAGACUCUCUUCUUAUUGUUGGUUAUAUAUUUAUCAAUAGUAGACUUGACUGUUAUUGUAGCUUCACAAAAAUACAGGACAAAAAAUAUGACUUGUGGUCAGAUCCAAGGUGUCAUUAAUCUAGUAAUCACAUGUCCAAUAUUAGGAAGAGGAAAUUUCUACUAGUAGUAGAUAGUCCUCUAUUAACUAUAAAUGGUCCUUGAUGAUUUACUGUUAGCCAUUAUCUGGAUGAACAAAAUGAAUGUAACAUCACUUAAGCCCUUUAGCUUUCUGAGAGACUGAAAGAAAAAGAGAGAGAGAUAGCGAUGAUGCUGCAGUGAAUUUGGUCUCAAGGCCAAAGUGACACAUUUCAUCUCUGCUCAUUCUGCGGGUGGCUGAUGGCAAUUUAGUAACAUUUUACAGUGAAACACAGUCACCUACAUCAACUUUGUCUCAGUGCUAACUGGUAACAAACUAUAAAUGCACACACACACACACACACACACACACACACACACACACACACACACACACCACACACACAUACAUACAUAAACACACACACACACACACACACACACACACACACACACACACACACACACACUGUGCUCUAAAUUGCCAACAAAAAGAGAAAGAGCACAUUGAGAUCAAUGCACAUUCAUUCUGCAGACACUUGGGGCAUUACUGGUGUUCAUCUAUCUAGCGAGAAUGGAGCUGCGCCAAAGGGAAGAUUUUUGCUAAUACCACCAGCCUGGAGAUCUCAGACACAUCAGGCAUUGUAAUGGAUAAGGCUUUUCAUCUGAUGAAUGUUAGGUGUGUCUGUCAUAGAUUAUUAAGUCAUGCCCUCCAAACUCUUGUUUGACACUCAAACGUCUGAGACACUUUAAGGGGUGACUGCAGGUGCGGCGUUCUUUCUUUCACCAUUUUAAACAAAACAACUGACUGCAGCUGAAAAUCAGGGCAAGGGUUUCAUAGUUUUAUCAAGUCAGUUGUAUUAACUUUUUACCAGCUUUAUUGCUGAGAUAUUUGGACAUGUCAACUCAACAAGACAGGAGCACGAGUGAUCAUCCAAAGUCUGCGUUCAACUUAAUUAAAUCCAGAUUUAACAAACAUGCUAUGUAAAUGUUUUUGUUUUGUUGUAAUCUUUCACAUUGCUAUCUUCCAUACUAUUUGAUCAUGAUCACAUGGUUUUAGACCAAUCAACAUACUGAACUGGCAAGGAGUGUCUCAUGAUUGAUGUAGGUGGUGCAAUAUUUUUCUAUAAAAAGGAAAAGUAAUCAGUAUGGAGAGGUCAAUGUGCUUUUUACCGUAAGUGUGCUGUACUGAAAACACUGUACAAAAAUAGAGACAAGAUAAGAUAAAAAGAGAGGAAGCAAUGAAAUACACAUACGUAAAUGAUAGAUUUAAAAAUAAAUGUGCCCACUAAUGACUGUUGUCCCUUCUCCAUGCACAUCACAAGUUUUAGCUUGUGUUGGAUUGCCCUGCGCAGUGUUUCACAGCAAUAAACAUGGUGAAUAACUCAGAUCAAAUAGGAAUUAUGUCCAAAACUACAAAGACCCAGGUUGUUAAAAAAGUGAAAUUAUCUUCAAUUUCCAUUUAGAGCUACAUGGACACCAAUAUCUUCUAGUGCUGUAUUUACAACAAUGCUAACUGUUGGCUUAUGUGAUAGUCUUUACAAUUUAUUUUCCCAUCAAAUAUUACUUUAACUGGAUUGAACCUAUUAACCCCCUUUUCAGUUCAGUUGUUCUCUCAGACCGUGACUGGCUCCUCCACUUUCAAUUCCCAUUUCUUCCUUCUUCACAAAUUGAUUUUCUUCAAAAUUACAAUGCGAAGGAAGGAGUACCAGUCACCACUUGCUACUCACCUCCUUCCCUCUGCACUCCUCCCACUCAUCACUCUUUCUUAAUUCUUAAUGUCAAAUGCACUCACUCAAAGUUAAUUUCACAAGUGUCCUUUUUACUUGUCAACUGAUUGCCUUGAAGUCUCGUGUGCUACAUGUCCAUACUGAGCAUAUCGCUCUACCAUUUCUCUUUAAAAAAUGGAUCUAAUGCGGUUAGGGACCUUGAGAUUAAGCUGGUGGAUGUUGAGAGUUAUUUGAUGGAGAUAAACGGCCUAAGGGUCGAUAACCGGUGAUCACUCAACAAACUCCUUGACUCCAGAUCCAGCAAAGUCAUCCUAAGCAGGACAGUACAAAUCAUCAAAGUGUAAAGGCACUAAAACAUGUGCUUUAAUCUUCAAUCAAUAUUGCCUAAUGAGCCGACUAUGAUCAUUAAGAAAGUAAAAUAAUUUGGAGGAGCUCAUGCGAAAUCAAUGUUGUCAUGACAUUGAUUUCACAUGUUAACCGUCUCCAGUGUUUCAGCUGAUAUUAAUGUGACAUUUGUUGGAGAACUGGUGCCUCAGUCAAGUGGUCUUAUGGGAAAGAAGCAGGCAUGAUGGGAAACCAAAGCAAAUGGAUGAGUGAGAGGUGUUGAAAGUGUCACAUGCAGGUGCUUCGUCUCCCACGUGAGGCGUUUGGUGUUGUGUAAAAGGGUUAGUGUAUGAGGGGGGGUGAUGCCAAGAAAUCCUCCCUAUUAUGAGAAAAAAACUGCCAAAAUCUAUAUUUUCCUCACCCAGAUAUUAAAAAAAGAGGCAAACAUAAAUCAAUCAGAUGGUGAAAUUGUAUUUUCUCUCUCACAUAUCCUCCGUUUCCUCUCUGUCUCUCUCUACUUGCUUAGCUCUACAGUGUGUGUGUGUGUGUGUGUGUGUGUGUGUGUGUGUGUGUGU